AUGCUUGAAACCCCAAGUCCGCGGGGUAAACAGCACCCCUCCUCCUCCUCCUCCUCCUCGAGCUCAUAUAUAGCCACCUCCCCUCCCCCUCCCCCUCUCCCCCCUCUCCCUCCCUACAAACUCCGCCCACCACCCUCGCCGCCCACCUCCUCUCCGACCACCGCCUCACAACCCAACACCUCCCCCCCUCCCCCCUCGCUCUACACAUCCCACACCACCUCAUCGACCCCAUCGCAACCGCCCUCUGGAACCCCACCACCGCUCCCCGCACUCCGCAUCCGCUACAACGGCAUCAUCACCUCCAUCACAGACGCAAUCACAACCCCACACCCCCCACCACCCGUGCCAUCCAGCAUCCUCCCAACGGACGCCGACUUCGAGGCCGCCCUCCGCGUGCUCGAGUUCGCCACCCGCGUCCCCGCCACCCUCGCCACCGCCGACACGCCACUACGGCGAUGUCACCGUGUCGCUCCGCAGCCUAUGGGGCGUCGGCGCCGACGGCCGCGCUCCACCCCCGGCGCCGGGAAGAAGACGCGGGUGCAGCAGAACAGGUGCUACAUGUGCCGCUACGCCAACCCCACGCCGCACCCGCUCUACCAGCCCCCCUGCACGUCCUGCGGGUCAUUCAACAUCGCGGCGAGCGCCCUGAGCGCGCCCGGGGUGCUGGCGAUGGCGGGGCGCACGGCGCUGGUGACGGGCGGGCGGGUGGGUGGGGCUGGGGUUCGAGGUUGCGCUGCGGCUGCGGCUGCGGCUGCGGCUGCGGCUGCUGAGGUGUGGGGCGGCGGUGGUGGGAGGGGGCUGGAGGACUGCUGGCCGAAGGUGCGGGGCGGGGCGGGGCGGGGCGGGGCGGGGAGCGGGAGAAUCGAGACGCUGCCGGAGGAGAAGGAUGAGGGGGGGGCGCACUGGCGACGCAGCACCACUCCUCCUGGACGCAGAAGCUCGCCGACAUUCCCGUACCAGGACAUCGGCGGCGUGCUCGCCAUCAACUCGUUCGUGCCGCCGCUGCUGCUCAUCCGCGAGCUGCUCCCGCUCAUGGGCCGCGCGCGUGGAUCCGGGCUUUAUGAGUGCCGCCGAUGGAGGGGAGUGUCCGAUUGGGUGGGCGGAUGGCGCGGCGAGGGUGCUGUGGUGCGGUGUGGGGGAGGUUCUUGA